AUGGGAAAGCGCACGCGCACUGUAACCCUGGAGCCGCUUCCAGAGAAACCGCUACCGGCGAGCUCAAAAGAUGUUGUGGUAGACGGUAGCGAAUAUACCGCGAUCACGGAGGGCCGUGCGACCGUUCUGUUCCCCAAGAGUACGAUAAAGCGGGACGAGAAUGGCCGUGAAGUGGAGGUUAAGGGAGAGGUGUUCUACAACCCGAUCCAACAAUUCAAUCGUGAUUUGAGUGUUCUUGCAAUCAAAAAUUUCGCGGAAAUAUAUCUCGCUGAAAAGAAACCGAGGCAUGGCAAGAAAGGCGCGAAGAAGCAACGGGUGGAGGUGAUGGUGGAGAAGAGUGAAGGAGACAAACCGACGAGUGAAGACAAGAUCAUGGAAGUACCGGCCACACACCCCGAAACUAAGCUUGCAACUCCAACCCCACCCAAGUUCACUAUUCUCGAUGCGCUUUCUGCCACCGGUUUACGGGCGCUGCGGUAUACGCUUGAGCUUCCCAUGGUCACUUCGGCCACUGCCAACGAUCUCGACCCAUCAGCUGUUGACUCGAUCCGGAGGAACAUCGAGUACAAUAAGAAACAUUCAACUACGACGGAUCCCGAAAAGAUGUCUGCUGCGGACGCGGUCUCCAAGAUCAAGCCCAGCCUGGGCAAUGCUCAGCACCACAUGUACUCGGUUCUCUCGCCAGCGCACGAUAGCCUGUCACCUGGAGAAUCUCAAUCACACAGAUAUGAAGUCAUUGACCUGGACCCGUACGGAACUGCCGCUAUCUUCUUGGACGCCGCUGUCCAAGCAGUAUCUAAUGGUGGGCUGUUGUGCGUUACCUGCACAGAUGCGGGCGUCUGGGCAUCUACUGGUUACAGUGAGAAGUGCUACUCCCUAUAUGGCGGAACACCGGUGAAAGGCGAAUGGUGUCAUGAGGCUGGACUUCGUCUGAUAUUGCAUUCCAUUGCCACCGCCGCUGGAAAGUACGGCCUGUAUAUCGAACCGUUGCUCAGCCUGAGCAUCGACUUUUACGCCAGAGUUUGGGUGCGCAUUAGGCAAGGGCCCGCGGAGGUGAAGAAAUUGGCCAGUUCAACCAUGAUUGUCUACAACUGUGACUCGGGAUGCGGAUCCUGGGUGACACAGAGGUUGGGGAAGGCCAAGGAGAAUACUAACAAGAACGGGAAAGGAACGUUCCUGAAGUUUGGCCUUGCAAGGGCGCCCACGGUUGGCGAGAAUUGCGCUGAGUGCGGAUCUGUGAUGCAUCUCGGAGGUCCAAUGUGGGCUGGUCCUUUACACUCCGCUGCCUUUGUAGAACGGUUCUUGUCGAUCCUCCCACCUGCUGAAGAUUCUACGUAUGGAACCAUCCCGCGGAUCAUCGGUAUGCUGCAGACGGCACUCCAGGAAAUUCCCCUUGCCGACAGCCCCUUCUUCCACGUCCCAUCCCUCUUGUCUAAAACCGUCCGCUGCGAAGCACCGCCUAAUGCGGGGCUACGUGGUGCCCUUAUUGGGUUGGGAUACAAAGUCGCUCGCUCGCAUUGCAAACCAAAUUCAAUCAAAACAAAUGCUCCGCACAGCGUGGUCUGGCAAAUCAUGAAGAGAUGGGUUGAGCAAAAGGCAGGCGAUCGCAAGGAAAACGCUUUGAAAGAAGGAACUGCCGGGUUCAAUAUCAUGCAGAAGCCCUUGGAUGAAAGCCUGAACAUCGUCUUCGACAAGGAGUUGGGUAAAGAGGAAGAUAAGGCCAAUGGUGUCGUGAGAUAUCAGGUCAAUCCUACCGCAAAUUGGGGUCCAAUGGCGAGGGCGGGUCCAUCCACCACCAAGCCAUCACAAGCGGAGGAUGAAGGCUCGGAAAGCAAGAAAAGGAAGGUUGAAUCAAGCUGA